UUCAACCUAAACACAAAUGAUUUUUAUUUCCUGAAGUCAAAUCGUUUUCUUUCGUGGGAUGAGAUCAGAAAUGCCAUGCCUUUUUAUCGCAUUUUAAAUAACGAUUUGGGCAACUCGAAAAAUACUACAUAGAUCCAUAUAGAGAUCUAGAUUAGUCUUGUUGAUUUUAAAUUAUUAACCAAGUGGAGGUGUAGGCAUAUUCGACAUAAUUUUUUUAUUUUUUUUUUGCUACAAGUACAAUCAAUCACUCAAGGCAAGUCUCAAUCAGAAAUAGGACUUAGAGAGAUUCAGACAGUCUGACAGUCAGUGAGUAACUCAGUCGUCUCAGUAACUUGUUGAGGAGUAACAUAACAAUGACAUUUUAGUACUCUGACUCUGAAAGAUCUACUAGAUCAUCUGCAUCUGCUGAUCUAGACUACCUCUAGAUCUACUCUACUAGACUAGAAUCUAGAUCUAGACUAGUAAUCUAAAUCUAGUCUUAGUGGAAUUUCAUUCAGUCAGACAUGGCAGCAUCAAGAAGAUGGUUUCACCCCAAUAUCAGUGGGCAACAAGCCGAAAGGCUUUUAAUGGAAAAAGGCCAAGACUGGAGCUUUUUGGCACGACCAAGCAGCACAGAAGGUGCUUACACAUUAUCUAUAAGGCGAAAUGGAGAGGUUACUCACAUAAAAAUUCAAAACACAGGUGAUUCAUAUGACCUCUAUGGCGGUGAAACAUUUGCUACACUGUCAGAACUUGUUCAGUAUUAUAUGGAAAAUCAGGAGCAGUUGAGGGAAAAAAAUGGAGCAGUCAUCAAAUUGAAAUACCCAAUGGCAUCCAUGGAUCCAACUCCAGAGAGGUGGUUUCAUGGUCAUCUUACUGGCCGAGAAGCAGAACGUCUUCUACUAGAGAAGGGUAAGAACUCUAGUUUUCUUGUGAGAGAAAGCCAAAGCAAACCUGGAGAUUUUGUCAUUUCUGUGAGGUGCGAAGACAGAGUCACACAUGUGAAAAUACGAUGUCAGGGGAACAAAUAUGAUGUUGGAGGAGGAGAAAUGUUUGAUUCUCUUAGUGAAUUAGUAGAGCAUUAUAAAAAAAGUCCAAUGGUAGAAACGUCUGGAACAGUUGUAUAUAUUAAACAUCCUUUAUAUAAUAGUCGAGUUAUGGCUUCAUCGCUUGAAAAUAGAAUCAAACAAUUACAGUCUGAAGAUGAGGACAGUCAAAAAUCUAACAAUGCUUUUCAUGAAGGUUUUUGGGGAGAGUUUCAUCAAUUACAACAGUGUGAAUUCACUGGCAUGAGAUUCUCAAGAGAAAAAGGGAGUAAACCAGAAAACAAAGCUAAAAAUAGAUAUAAAAACAUAUUACCCUAUGAUUACACUCGGGUGGUCCUUGCAGAUGGCAAUGAGGACUUGGGAACUGACUAUAUCAAUGCUAAUUAUAUUGUAUGGACUGAUGAUGACCAGAUGAUAGAACCCAAGAGGAAGUACAUAGCCACACAAGGUCCUUUAACAAGUACAAUGCUUGAUUUUUAUAGAAUGAUAUGGCAAGAAGGUUCAAGGGUCAUUAUAAAUUUAGCCAGGAUUACAGAGCGAGGAAAAAUACAAAUUAAUAUUUACUGGCCAUUGCAAGAAGAAAAUGGAGAGAAAUUGUUUGUGUUCGAGCAACCAGAUAGUACGGGGAAAAAAGAAUUUAUUUGUCAGUAUCGAGUGAAGCUGUUGAAUGAAACUGGUGACCAGACAUACAUCAAAAGAGAAAUGCUGCUAUCAAAAGAAAAUAAAGAUGGCAAACCUUUAGAAGAACCUCGUAAAAUUUACCAGUUUCAUUACAUGAUUUGGCCAGAUUACAAUGUUCCUGAUGACCCUGGCUCAAUGAUAGACUUCUUAGAGAGAAUUAACAAUCUCUUAGACUCAUUACCAAGUCCUGGCCCUGUUGUUGUCCAUUGCAGUGCUGGUAUAGGAAGGACUGGUACUCUUAUUGUUGCUGAUAUGAUCAUAAACCAGAUCAAAACACAUGGUUUUGAUUGUGAUAUUGAUAUUUUCAAAUCAAUUCUGAUGGUCAGAGCUCAGAGGUCUGGUUUAGUUCAAACACAAAGUCAGUAUCAGUUUGUUUACCUAGCUGUUCAGAGAUACAUGGAAAUAGAAAGGCAAAGACAGUUAGCUGGGCAGACCAAUGCAGGGAGAGAGUAUACAAACAUCAAAUAUGCCACAGGCGCUGUAGAGGCUGCAAAGAGAGCUCAAGCUAUGGGACACCCUCCACCUGUCCCUCCAUUGCCGCAUCCAGGUUUUCGAAAGAGGGAUGUCAAAUUGCCCCCAGAUGACUCAUCAAUGCAGUAUCAGAAUAUAAACAAUAUUGACACUUAGACAAUCUGGCUUUAGAAUUUAAAAAAAAAUAAUAUUGAAAUUUCACAAGAGAUGUUCAUGCCAUGUUGAAAACUUCACUAAAUGUUUUACGAAAUCGAUGGAAUCAAGGCUUCACUCUGAUCCCUAGUAAAUUUGUUGUGACUAACCCUUUAGUCCUACUUUUGGCUAGAUAAUAAAUAGACAUUUGUAGCAACUCCAAUGAACUGUUAGUUUUAAUGUUUUACUGGUAUGAAGCAGACAAGUAUGGGAAGGAGGGGUGGGUGGUACAGAAUGCCUGUUGCUGUUUUUCUUUUAAUGUGAACAUUUAUUGUCAGUUUUUAAAACAAGUUUUAGUUGUAUUAUAGAUGUCAAGAGAUGACACAUGCACACACAAAUAAUCACAUUAUUGCAAAUAUUACAUUUUUUUAGUCAUUUUAAAAUAUUAAUGAUAUGAAAUAUUUUAGUUAAGAAAUGUAUCCCUGCAUUUUUCUGAUGGCACACUUUUUUAUUGUUAUAUUUUGCAAAGCUAAAAAAAAAUAUGUUUCCCCACAAUAAAUCAAUAGUACAAUAAUUUGCACUGACUAUUUUUAUUUGUAUUUCUACAUUGUCUUUUAUAACUAAUUUUAUAACAUUUUACAUAUUUAGUAUAUUUAUGUUAUCAAAUUUCCAAAAAUUGUGUAGGCUUCUCUGAUACGGAAACAUCAGUUUACAUUCCAAAAAAAAAAGAAAAAAAAAAAGAAACAUUGCAUUAAUAUAGCUAAAUAUUCAAGCUGAUUAUUUGAAUGAAUGAAAGAAAUGUGAUAUGACUGAGUGACUAUAUAGAUUGUAUUAGUGAAAUUAAACAAAUUAGUGAUUUUGAAUGUCAUCAAAUGUCUAUGCACAUAGUAUUUAAAAUGUGUUAUUGGAAGUUGUUAGUUAAAUGUUUAAGAACUCAAUAAUGUCCAUGUUUGUUUGUUGUUUUAGUACUUUUAACUACUUAUUAACUAUUGCACUUUCAGAGCAAUAAGCUUCUGAAAACAAAAUAUUGAUCUCCACAUGAUGUGUGUGAGAACAAGCAGAGAAAAAAAAAUAUUUUUAAGACUAUAUUUUGUAAUAAAAAAUCUUAAAUGUACAUUUUACUAUACUAAAAUUCUUUUAUUGACUUCCUUCUCAGAAAUGAGAAAAAUUGUAAAUUACUGCACAGAAAUGCUGUUUACACAUUUUUUUUUAGAAAGAUACUUUAUUUUAUGUUACCCAACAAGGAUAGACUUACCAACUGGAAACACAUUUUCACAUUCUUCUAUUAACCAGCUUUUUUGCUGCUGCACUGCAGAAUCUUGUGAAUUAAUGCACACCUCUAAGCCAUAGCUAUUAUAUUCUUUUUAAUGAAGCAACAUUGCCCCAUUGAGACAGUGUUGUUUAUAAAGACUCAUUACCAGCUGAGAAUUAUGUGUUCCUGCUGAGAGUUACAACAUAAAUGUGUGCCUCUAGCAAACAUUAUAGGCUGGUUGUGUAGAUGUAGGUUUUAAUUCUAAAACUGUUGACUUCCAGAGAGAUAGAGAGAUGAGUAAACUCAAACAGAAGAUGACAGUGGUCCAUAGAGUACAGCUUAAGAAAUGCUGGUCUAUUGGGAAGGUGGGCUGAAGUAGAGUUCAGCUUACCCAGACAUGUUAAAGGUAUUCUUUGGCCAGCAGCAUACCAUUUUCUUUGCUUAGGUUACAAAAUCAGUCAUAGUGCAUUCACCAUUUUGAAACUGCACAAAACCAGUAUAUUAGAAUAUACACUCUAACUAAAAAAAAGUGUAAUUAUGCUUAAUGAAAGGAUUACAUUUAAUACAAAUCCUCUAUGACAGUGUAUAUCAGAUAUACUUUUAUUUGUGUGCACAGUAACAUCCUUAAAUUAAUUGAUUUCUUGUUGCAUUUCGGCUGGCCCUUUUUAAUUAGUUGUUUUUGAUAGACUUGGUUAUCACUGACCUAUGUUGUAUGUUUUGCUCCCUGUUGUCAACUUUUGACCUACUGUGAUUUAGUGUUUUGAAUGCCAUACCUACUUGAGAAUGAGGCUCAGAUGUAUGUACUCAAACAAAACAAAACAAGCUUUAUAUGCAUUCAAUUGAUUCCAUUUGUGCAAAGUAAAAACUUGUUUUUUCUAAUUCUGUAUGUUCGUUGAAAAGAGACACUUUUUAUUUAAAAGCAUUAACAAAAAUUAUAACAAAAUAAUCUUGGGAUUUAAAAAAAAAAAUUAUUUCUGUGUCAUGGCUUAAGUAAUAAUUAAAAUAAAUACUUGAAACCAUAAUGUCAAUUAAGAUUAACAAGGAUUUUAAAGUUAAAAUCAAUUUUUAAUGAUUGGUUUCACCCUUACCUGUUCUAUUUUCAGGGACACCACACUUGAUUUGCUAUUGAGUUCCCUUCAUCUCUUAAUUUUCUGCCAUCACUAGAGUUACACCCAUUGUUUAGAAUAUCUGUUCUUUUCAUUAUUUCGUGUUUGUAAGGCCUUUGGCAUGGAUCAAUAAAUUAUUUAUUUUUUUUAACAAUCGUCACGAAGCUCAUGUGAAUGUUCAACUGACCUAUUGAUCUCACUGCUCUAGAUAUGGUUUCUGUAGUAAUGCCUAGUUGCAUCCUAAAGCAAGUGUCUUCUGGUGUAAAGUUCUUUAACUCAAAUGGUAAUAUAUAGUUUUCUAUAUAUUAAAAACAGUUUAUCAAUGUGGGCAAUAUAGUUAAAGCUCUUUUUAAUUACCAAGCUACCAAACGUCAAUAUGUGCUAUAAGCUGUUUGGGUCUCUUUCAAGAGGUCUUGUUUGAGAUGAUAAUGACAAGUAUGUGAAAAUAAACUGGUUUCAUUAUGAAUUUUUUUUUUUUAUUCUAAUUUAAUAAUGGUCAUGAAUAUGUUUACUUUUCAUUAAAUUUUCAAAAUUAAAUGUUGGUUACACAUCAAUGAAAAGGUUAUUUUAAUGAUUUUUUUAAUGCAGAUUUAAAUUUUGAUUUUCCUCCAAAAUUCUUGUUGAAAACUAAAAUUAAUUUUAAAAAAAAAUCUCUUCACAAAGUAGAUAAGAAUAUAUAAUUUGAAUUUUUUUUCUCUAGUAUUAUAUAGUGGGCCAUCCCAAUUGUUUCUAUAAUUUGUUUUCCAUUAUCUCUGUUUAUCACUGAUGCUACAUGUUAAUUGUUACGGCCUAUUGUUUUCAAGAGAUUAUGAUUGUAGUUAGUAGGCCUAUAUGUUAGUUUUACAUUCACAUUGUGGCCAUACCCAUUACAUUAUCAACAGGCCCGUUACCAAUAAAGCUUCUUCAUUUUUCUUCAUUGAUUUCAUAUUCACUGACUAGCCAUUCAUCCUUCUCCAUUUUCUGUAACGUCUGUUUGUACAAUGUGUUCCCAUAACUAUAUGUGAGACUUAACAGUAUUUUCAAUAUUGGGUUUAUGAGAAUGGAUUAUUAAAAUUAUGUUGUUUGUUUCCCCCAGUUUUCUGACUUGAAGUAAUAAAUAAACUUCCUAUUUGUGCAAUGGGACAUACACAGA